UCUGGGAGAUUAGCCCUUGUCUUCUUCGUGUCUUUUUCCUAUAUCCGCGGAAAACAACGGUGCUUUAAGAGUAUUGGAAGAGUUCAAGAGAUGGGUCGUCCGGAGCCUUGUGUUUUGUUUGCGCACACCUUCGUUCAUCCCCAACUCGAUGAAUAUGUCGACGAGGUAAUAUUUGCAGAACCAGUUGUCAUAAGUGCUUGUGAAUUCCUUGAACAGAACGCCUCAUCGGCUUCCCAAGUAAUAACGCUUAUUGGGGCCACUUCACCUCCUUCGUUUGCUUUGGAGAUCUUUGUUCAAUGUGAAGGGGAGGCCAGGUUUAGACGCCUUUGCCUGCCUUUUCUAUAUUCUCAUUCUUCAUCAAAUGUGCUAGAAGUUGAGGCUGUAGUGACAAACCAUUUAGUUGUAAGGGGCAGCUUCCGUAGCCUUACCUUGGUCAUCUAUGGCAACACUGCAGAGGAUUUGGGACAGUUCAUAGAAGUCGAUUUUGAUAGCUCUUUAGCAAACCUUGUUUCUUCGCCUUCUGAAGGAAAGCUUGAGGAUCUCCCUCCUGUGAUACAUUCAACAAAGUUGGCAUUUGAGGAGUCUAUAUCCUCACUAAAAUCACUAUGUUUACCAAUUGCUGAGCCAGAUAUUUCUGUUGAAAUAAGGCAGUUUGUGACAUUGGUUCUAAAGGUCUUUGAGUUGUCAGAUCUUGGUGAUGCGAGUGAAAAAAUUGCAGAUAUUGUUGUAUCAGCUGUGUCUUCUUAUGUCAGUAAUGAUUUGCAUGGCACAAAAAUUACGUUAAAUCAAUAUAAGCAGGUUUGCUCCAGAAAUUGUCAAGAAAAAUCCCAAUGUGUUCUUACUGAGGCUAGAAGUGAGCUUCUUCAACUCUUUAAAUUGCUUCAACAUGGUUCAGGGAACUUGUUAGCCGAAAUAUUGGGAGAUGAAAUUAUUUUUGAAUCUGAAGGUGAUUUGGCUACUCCUGAUUUGUUAACUGAGGUGUUAGAAAAAUAUUUUUGUGUGAAAAAGAGAUCUGCAGUUACUGCACUCCCACUGCUUUCUCAGGGCAAGAAGAUGAUUGUAGUAUUGUCCAUUGUUCUUCUCUUGUGCUCUGGGAGGGAGAGUUGUUUUCAUUUUGUCAAUGGUGGUGGAAUGGAGCAGCUUGAACAUGUUUUCCAUCUUGAGAUACAAAAAUCAACAGCUUUUACAUUAUUGGUACUUGGAGUUGUUGAGCGGGCUACUCGACAUGCCAUUGGAUGUGAAGGAUUUCUGGGUUGGUGGCCUCGUGAAGAUGAGAAUGUCCCAGCUGGCAAUAGUGAAGGUUAUAACCACAUAUUGAAGUUAUUACUGCAAAAGCAGCGCCAUGAUGUUGCUUCUCUUGCCACUUACAUUCUGCAUCGCUUGCGCUCAUAUGAAGUUGCAUCCAGAUAUGAGUCUGCAGUACUAUCUGUCCUGGGAGGUUUGACUACCACUGGUCGUGUUACAAAUGUUAUCUUGAGUAUGCUUAUCAGUGCCAGGUCUCAGCUUAAAAGUCUCACGAAAUUGCUAAACUCACGUGGUCCAAUUGAAGAUCCUUCGCCUAUGGCUUGUGCGAGGAGAUCAUUAAUUCUUGGUCAGAUUGAUGGACUGUUAUCAUACAAAGCAACUAUUGACUUGAUUGCAUCAUCCAGGUGUUGCUUUUCCUGUUGGGAUGUUGAUCCACAUUUGCUAUCGCUUCUCAAGGAGAGAGGUUUUCUUCCUCUAUCAGCUGCAUUGUUGUCAUCUGCCAUUUUGCGUUCAGAAAAAGGACAUGCCAUGGACAUAUUUGUGGACAUUGCAUCAUCAAUUGAAGCUAUACUUCUUUCGCUUCUUUUUUGUCAUUCAGGUUUAGUUUUCCUACUCCUUCAGCCUGAAGUUACCGCAACUGUAAUUCUGUCACUUGUGGGUGUUGAAGAUAUGAAUAAAGAGGACUGUAUCCCUCUUCGAUAUGCAUCAGUUUUGAUAUCCAAGGGUUUCUAUUGUCGCCCACAGGAAGUUGGAAUGAUUUGUGAGAUGCACUUGAGGGUGGUAAAUGCUAUAGAUCGUCUACUUACAUCAACUCUUCACUCUGAAGAAUUUUUGUGGGUUCUCUGGGAACUAUGUUCUCUUUCCAGGUUUGAUUGCGGACGUCAGGCUUUGUUGUCUCUGGGGCAAUUUCCUGAGGCAAUUUCAGUGUUAUUGGAAGCAUUACGUUCUGUCAAGGAAUUGGAGCCAGUGACUCUGACUAGUGGUGCUUCAUCACUUAAUCUUGUGAUCUUUCACUCAAUUGCGGAACUUUUUGAAGUCAUUGUUACUGACUCAACUUCAUCUUCUCUGGCUUCUUGGAUCGAACAUGGUUUGGAGCUUCAUAAAGUUUUGCAUUCAUCUUCCCCUGGGUCCAAUAGAAAAGAUGCUCCUACGAGGUUGUUGGAAUGGAUAGAUGCUGCUGUAGUUUAUCAGAAAAACGGUGCUGUUGGUCUUCUACGCUAUGCUGCAGUUUUAGCUUCUGGGGGAGAUGCUCAUCUAACUUCAACAAGUGUUCUAGUAUCAGAUUCUAUGGAUGUUGAGAAUGUUGUUGGAGAUUCUGCCAGUGGUUCUGAUGUUCACGUUGUGGAGAAUCUGCUUGGGAAACUAGUUGCUGACAGACAUUUUGAUGGAGUUGCUCUUCGUGACUCUUCUGUAACACAGCUGACGACAGCAUUUCGAAUUUUGGCAUUCAUUGCAGAAAAUUCGGCUGUUGCUGCGGCUCUUUACGAAGAAGGUGCUGUAACACUUACAUAUGUAGUUCUGGUCAACUGUAAAUUCAUGCUUGAGAGAUCUGCCAAUACCUAUGAUUACCUUGUGGAUGAAGGUGCAGAAUGCAAUUCUACAUCAGAUCUACUUUUGGAACGGAAUCGUGAGCAAACCCUUGUUGAUCUUCUCAUUCCUUCUCUUGUUCUGCUGAUGACACUUCUGCAAAAACUACAGGAGGCUAAGGAGCAGCAUAGGAAUAAAAAGCUACUAAAUGCACUUUUGCAAUUGCAUCGAGAAGUAAGUUCAAAGUUAGCAGCAUGUGCAACUGAUUUAUCAUGUCCUUAUCCUGGUUCUGCAUUUGGUUUGGGAGCUGUCUGUCAUCUUAUUGCGUCAGCUCUUGCCUGCUGGCCGGUAUUUGGUUGGACUCCUGGCCUAUUUCAUUGCCUCCUUGAGAGUGUUCAAGUGACUUCCUCUCUAGCCUUGGGUCCAAAGGAAGCCUGCAGCUUGCUAUGCCUUCUGAGUGAUCUAUUUCCAGAAGAAGGUAUCUGGCUUUGGAAGAAUGGAAUUCCCUCAUUGAGUGCUGUCCGAACAUUGGCUAUUGGGACACUGUUAGGACCUGAAAAGGAAAGACAAGUUGGCUGGUACUUACAGCCUGAGCACCUGGAAACCCUACAUAGCCGAUUGAUGCCACUGCUUGACAAAAUUGCCCAGAUUAUUCUACAUUUUGCCUUUACUACAUUGGUGGUCAUACAAGACAUGCUUCGUGUUUUAAUAAUCCGCAUUGCUUGCCAAAGAGCUGAAAGUGCUGCUAUUCUGCUGAGACCCAUAAUUUCAUGGAUACACGAUCAUAUUUCUGAAUCAUCUCCUUUUUCUGACAUGGACAUUUUCAAGGUUUACAGAUUACUUGAUUUUCUUGCUAGCUUAUUGGAGCAUCCACAAGCCAAGUCAUUGUUGUUGAAAGAAGGUGUUGUUAGGAUACUGAUAAAAGCACUUGAGACGUGCUUUGACACAUUGGGUUCGGAUGGCAAGCUAUUCUCAGAAGGUAGAAGUUCCACUAGUAGUGGAGGAGCCACCCUGCAUAGUUGGUGCCUACCGGUGUUCAAGUCCUUUGCACUGAUUUUUGAUUCUCGGCCAACUCUACACCGCUCUGGAGUGUAUGACAAGGACAGCCUAGAGCGAUUGAUCACUGAAGAGUGUUCCUUAAUUUUGCUUCAAGUGCUUAAGUUCUGUCAGGUUCUACCAGUUGGAAGGGAAUUAGUUGCUUGUUUAACAACUUUUAAAGAAUUAGCUUCUUUCUGUGAGGGUAGAAGUGCUUUUAUGUCCAGUUCUGCACAGCUCCGAGCUACUUUUGAGAAUCUUGAACCAAUGAGAAAUGAAGGCGAUGCAAAUGAUACUCUCCUCGAUGAAUCUGGUUCGAUUAGGCAUCCACCUCUAUUGUAUUGUUGCAGAAACUUAUUGAGAUCAAUUGAUGGCAGGGAUGGUCUGUUUCCCUAUGCUAUUGAUGCUGCAAGGGAAUUGUUUUCAGGUGCUCUAUUUCUCUGCAUGGAAGGUAAAAAUUUUAACAUGGAGAGAGUUGCUGUAUUGAAAUGCCUUUUUGGGCUUCGUCAUGACUUUGACGGCACUGAUGAUUUUCCCCAAAAGAAAUCCAAGGAUUUAGAGGCACUGAUAAUUCUGUUAAACACAAGGUUUAAUGAGGAUGAAAGAUUAGUUGCUUCAAAUCUAAAAACCACUUUAUUGCAGACUGUGGAAUACGCAAAAUCAAUAUUGUCAUUGCUGCAGAAGCCUAUUGGCUCAUUCAAGGUGGAUGAUAUCUGUUCUGGUGAAUGUUUUCCUCCAUCAACAACUGAUGUUGUAGUACAUUCAAAAAUACUUUCACCUCAUCUGUUGUUUCCUUCUCUAACAAUGAAGAGCGUUUUGAGUGAUGAAGUUGGGUCAUCGCUGCCACGGAUGAGGAAGUCUGACAGUAAUGCUGAAAAGGUUGAGGAUUGCUUUUCUGGGGGAUUUGCAGACAAGUUUCUCUGGGAAUGUCCCGAUUCUUCAUCUGAUAGACUGCCAGCUCUUCCUGUAAAGAGGAAAAUUGCAUCAAUAGAAGGCUCCAAUAGGCGUUCCAGGGUUGAAGGUUCAGGUUCAGAGGUCAUUGGCCCGAAUGCAUUUUUGCGGGGAUUGGGGCUUCCAGCUGCCUCUUCUGGUCCUACUCGCAGGGAUACCUUUCGACAACGCAAGCCAAACACCAGCAGGCCACCUUCUAUGCAUGUGGAUGACUAUGUUGCCAGAGAAAGAAAUGCAGAUGGUAUAAGUAGCACCUCAAAUGUUGUAGGCUCAAUACAGCGUGGAGGAUCAACCAGUGGUAGGCCUCCAUCAAUUCAUGUUGAUGAAUUUAUGGCAAGACAGAGAGAGCGUCAAAAUCCAGCAAUUAUAGCAGUUGGGGAGCCAGCGGCACCAAACAAAAAUGCACCUCCUGAGAAUGAAAUUGAUUCUGAGAAGUUCAAUAGAUCUCAGCAGUUGAAAGCAGAUCUUGAUGAUGAUCUGCAGGAAAUAAAUAUUGUGUUUGAUGACGAGGAGACAGAAUUGGAUGAUAGAUUAUCAUUUCCCCAGCCAGAUGAUAAUUUGCAGCCUGCCCCAGUCAUAACUGAAGAAAAUUCCCCCCAUUCAAUUGUUGAAGAGACUGAAAGUACUGUAAAUGAAAAUAUUCAGUUUUCUCACCAAGGUACACCCCCAACAUCCAAUGUUGAUGAAAAUACACGAAGUGAGUUUUCUUCUGCGAGGUCAGUUUCACGAUCUGAGAUGCGAUUGAGUUGGGAAACGAGUGUUUCUUCAGUUAGGUACAUGGGGCCAAAUGGGGAGAAACCAUUUUUCCAGGAGCAAUCUGAUGAGACAAAAAAUACUGUUCCGGUUAUGCCUUCUGGUGGGUUCAAUUCUGCUGCAACAGCAAACAUGUCCGGAUUUCCUACACCUUUCUAUAAUAAAGGCUCUCCAUCUGUGCAAUUACUAGGUGAUUCUAGGGCACCACCGCAUACUUUCUAUCAGAGGGACAGUCCUCAACAACCUCUUAACACUACUUCAGCAACUGGAUCUCAAUCAUCUUAUGAACAGAAACCACUGCUGAAUCAACCCCCACUACCUCCAUUGCCCCUUCCACCAAUAGUCUCCAUACCCUCGCUGACAGCUGAACCUCUUCAAAGUCAUUCUUCUCCAUUUGGUCACUCUAUGAGAGAUCUGCUGCCACCACUUUCAACAGGAUAUCCUUUGCAAGCAUUUGAUGGUAGUGGCCUCAAUGCUGUACCAACUUUCCAUGAUUCAAAGUAUUUGUGGGCUUCUGCAUCUUCUUCAAGUAGGUUACCUGAGGAAAUCAUCACUUCUAGUGGAUCUAGCAGACAACCUCCGCUUCCUCCUACACCUCCACCGUAUUCAACUACAUCCAUUACACAAUCAUCUUUAAAGUCUAGUUCCCAGCCAUCAGGGUUCAGUCAGACUGGUGCUGGAACUACACAGCUUCCAUUGACAUCUGCCAUACCUUUAAGUGAUACUCGAUCCAGUAACUUUUCUGCAUCUGGAGGCCUUAUGACUUCUUAUUCACCACCUCCACCACCUUUACCACCGUUGCUGGCCAAUAGGCCUGCAUCUGUGCCUGGAAAUUUUUUUAGCAGUAUGCCAACUCAGCAACAGGGCCAAAACUUGUCUAGUCUCCCACAUAACGUAACCAGUCAGCCUUCUAUUCUGUUGGCUCAACCUCGUGUACAGUUACAACCACUGCAACCUCCACAACCAAGCCGUCCACUCCAUCCUCCUCAGCACAUUAGGCCACCUCAAGUUUCACAACAGCAAUCAGACCAUGGGGUGUCUCUGCUACAGAGCCCUAUUCAAGUGCAAUUGCAGCCACUACAGAUGCCUCAGCCCCAUAUUUCUACAGUUCCUGUUUACUAUCAACCCCAACUUCCAGAACACCUUUCACAACCUCAGCAACAAGAAGUUGAACAUGUACAACCUCAAAACUUGUACCAGCAAGGUGAUAAUUCAUCCCAACAACAUCAUGAUUCAGGGAUGUCACUGCAGCAAUUCUUUAGUUCUCCUGAAGCGAUUCAGUCUUUGUUGAGUGACCGAGAGAAACUUUGUCAGCUUUUAGAGCAACACCCAAAAUUAAUGGAGAUGCUUCAGGAUCGGCUAGGCCAACAAUAGCAACGUGAUCAGAGGAUGUUUCCCCUUGUGUAAAAUGUGCUCGCAGCCAGUUUUUCUGCUUGUUACUGUGGAAGUAAGGUCAAGUCAGUCCCUUGGAGAUUCAUCCACCCAGGAAUGGCGACCAAUGUUUCCUUCUGGUCAUGCAUGUAUUGUGUUCCUAAUUUUUGUACCCAUGUACAUUAUGUUUCAAUAGAUGGAUAGAUGGAUGUUUGCCAUUCUUUUUAAAUUCUGUAUGAGAAUUUAUUUACUUGUUUAUUCAUUAUUUAUUUAUUUGGAAAGGUCAUUGGCUCUGCCAGUUUGUUGGUCACCUAUUAUUGCCACAUGGAAUGAUGAUCUAA